AUGAAAAUUUUACAAAAGGUUGCCAGUGGUCUCCGGAUGGAACAUGCCUUCUUGUUCCUGCUGAAGAUUUUCGAAUACGGCACCAGCAGAGAGAGCCCUCUUCAUCUUUGGGAUGCUUUUACAGGGGAGCUCAGAGCUACUUAUCGUCCUUAUAACCAGGUAGAUGAAGUGGAAGCUGCGAUAAGUGUCCAAUUCGUUGAGGGUGGUCAAGAAAUUUGGUGUGGCUUCAAAGGUGCAUUGAGAUCUUUCGAUACGAGUCGUCCAGGACGUCAAAAAGAAACGAUUUCAUUAAAGAAAGAUUUUCCAAACGUAACAGGGAUUGUUUCCUGUAUACGUGAAAAUCCAAUCAUGCCGGGGUUAAUUGCAUUUGGCACUUAUUCAAAAUCCAUUGGUUUAUACAAUAAUGGUCCGUUGUGUUCGCUUCAAACGGAAAGUGGGGUAACUCAGAUCGAAUUCAGCCCCUGCGGAACAAAAUUGUAUUCAGCUGUGCGUCGUAGCAAUGAAUUUCUUUGUUGGGAUUUACGGAAUCCUGGUGUAUUGUUAUAUUCGAUGAAAAAUCGUCAUAGCAACACAAAUCAAAAAAUUAUGUUUGCAAUUUCGAGCGAUGGCACACAAAUCGUUUCAGGAGGAACGGAUGGCUUCAUCGGUAUAUGGCAAGAAACCGACCUGCUCAAAGAAGAGGAAGAGUUGAGUCCUUUCUCGAGAAUUCAAUUAUCAAAGGAUUGUAUAAAUGGCGUCAGUAUCCAUAAGUUUUUACCAAUAUUAGCGACAAGUUCGGGUCAAAGGCUUUGCGAGGAUGAAUUCAUCGACCGUGACAACAGCGUUCGAUUAUGGUUUUUUCAGGGUGCACAAUAAAGAUUCCCUGAUCGUUGAUUGAUUUUCUGAAUUUUUAUGGUGGUACAUUUAUUUAAAUCGAUAACUCCACAGCUGAUACAAAGAACCGAAUACAUCAAAUCGUACAUUUCACUAAUUAUGAAUUAGAAAGAUAACAAUAUAAGGGAAAACUAAUUUAAAAAAUGUAUGUAUACAAAAUAUUCUUACGUUUAUAGAGUUAACGUCUUGGAAAUAAAAUUAUAUUUUUUUA